AUGCUCGACUACCUCCAACUGUGGACUCAGAUGGAGAGUGGCUCUAUCUAUGAGGAACCCAAAGGUUCUAUGUUGUUGUUGCUCAAGGAAGAAUCAUUACUGAUGGAGACAACGAUAUACAAUUUAUCAAUACAGCCAGUGGAGAAGACAUCACCAAGGAAUACUUCUGAGCAAACCAUAGGCAGUAUGUGGGAACAGGAAUGGGAGGAACAGAUGAGGAAGAAGAUGCAGAAGGACAUCAAGGAGAUGAAUUGGAGGAUCCUUAGCAUACAGUGCCAACCUCCUCAGCCCUCACAUCCUACACUCCCACCUCCUGGUACUCUCCCCAUGAAAUCCUCGGAGUUGACACUCCACCAUGCAUUCCUUCACCAUACUCAAAAACUGGAGAGCUUGUCCCAGAUUGGGAUGAGGGCCCUGACCUCUGAGAGCUUGCAGAAAAAUGUCCUCUUCAUCACAGACCUCAGGAAUUUUGCAGAGCCCACACAUGCACACAUCUCAGACACCUCUACCAUUAAUUCUGACCAAGACAAUAUCACAACCGACUACCCCAACUCAUCCAACCAGGACAGAGACUCCCACAGUAGUGGGGAGCUCUAUGAGUACUACACCCAUGCCAACUCCUCACCCUGGACUGAACCUAUUCAGUAG